AUGACCAUAUGUAAGAGCAAGUACAAAAACACCGGGACGGAGGAUGACAAGCUGCUGUUCAAGACGUGCACAGAGUCCACUGAAUAUCUUCAUUUAUAUUUCAGGGAGUUGAAGGAACACCUGAUCACGCACAGAAAGUAUGAGGAGCUAUUUAACUUUUGCUAUGUCACACUGAAAAAUAUAAAGAACCCCGCCAUCUCGCGGACCACGGCCUUGAAGGUCAUCGGCAUAGCCUUCACGCUGAAUCCCAAGUCUGCGGACCUACCAGUGAGCAAAGACAUCAUCACAUACGCAUACAAACUGCUCAAGCGAAAUAAGGAAGGGACUAAUAGAAAAUACAUCACCUACUUUGGUCAUAGCACAAACAAAGAAAAAGACAGCCUCGUUAGUGA